UUGUAGAAGACAAUUAGUGAACAGAAGGAAUAUAUAUGUGAGAGCUGAGUUGGUUUAUUCAACGUAAAAUUUUUCACUAUAAAGGAAGUAAUGUGACUCGCAGCAAUGAAGUGAUGUUUGGGGCAUUUGAUGGAAAAAAGUUCAAACGCUAUUACGUCGCAAGUAACUUCAAGGCGAGUAGCGUUGCUUUCAUGUGGUACGUUUAGUCCACCAACUUAUAUGCACCUUCGAAUGUUUGGUAAGCAUUUUAUUCUGUUAAUUCGCUUGUAAAAAAGGUGUCGUUUAACCAAUGGAAAUUUUAGCUUAUAGGAUUUAUUUGGAAUCUUACUAGCAGAUGAUUCAGACUAAAGUCGGACAUCAUCAGGAACAACUAUCUUAUGUGACAUUUGCAAAAAGGGCAAUUAGUCCAAUCACAAUUUAAUUUUUAUUAAGCUAAAGCUUCACUUAAUUAUUCUUACUUAAAAUAUCCCUAUAAAGCUACAUUUUGUUCAGCUGAUUUUAUUAGAAAAAUUAUUGAACAGCAAGCUUAUUUGAUUGGGAAAUAGUUUACUCAAUUUCUCUCGAGAGUCUUCUUUGCAGUUUCCUUCAAAAAUUCAAUAACAAUCUUUCUUUAUUAGGAAAGAUGAAGUGGAAGAAAGAAGGCAGAUUUUCUUAUUCUGUUGCAUGAAUAGGUUGAAACUUUCACUCCAUUAAAACUGCUGGAGAAUCUCUCUGGAACUUGUUAUGACUUUCCAAAGAAUGCUACAGAACGUGCACGCGACUACCUCAAGAGAAUACACGGGUGGGAGGUCGUUGAAGGUAUUAUGAGUCCAGUAGCGGAUAGUCUUGGUCGACCUGAUAUGGUACCAGCUAAACACAGGCUGAAAAUGGUAGAGUUGGCUGUCAAAUCGUCAUCCUGGAUCAAAGCGGAUGGAUGGGAGUGUUCACAGGGUGAAUGGAUAAGGACAAUUCAUGUCUUACAUCAUAUCAAGGAAGUACUUAAUCAUAAAUACAGCAGUGAAAACUGCAAAGUGCAAUUACUACUGCUCUGUGGCGGUGAUGUUAUCGAAAGCAUUACGAAAUUGGCCGUUUCCGACGUUAUGUUAUGGAAUACUAAGCAGAUCGAAGAAGUUGUUCGGGAUUUUGGUGUUGUUGUAGUGAUGCGAGCAAAUACUGAUCCUGUCAGCGCCAUCUACCUUGCAGAUGUCCUCCACACUUACCAAAAGAAUAUAUUUGUGAUUGAAGAUGAAACUUGUCCGAAUGACAUCAGUUCGACACGCCUAAGAACAGCGAUUCGGCGGAAGGAAUCAAUACGGUACUGCACAAGUGAUGAAGUUAUUCAGUAUAUUGAGGAUAAUUCUCUGUAUGGAGCGACAUCACUACCAACUAUGCGAGUGAAACUGCAGAAUGUAUGUAAAUCGGCCAGUUUAUCGAAUAUAUCGACAGGCAGUACCAAUGAAUCCCAUGGAAACUGUUUGAAACAUCCGAAACUUAGCCUUUUGCCGUUAAAGCAAACAGUUGUGGCCACUAAAGAAGAUGACCACAAAGCACUUCAUGCCCCUUCAGCAAAGGAUAAGAAGCAGUCAACUAUCUUGGAGUCAAGCCCGAUUUGGUAUCCCUCAGGUUCUCUUCCUGGUUGCGGAAAAGUUGCUAGCGCCACUCAAUCACUGUCAUAUUUCCAAAAAACUUCGCCACUUUUAGCACAAGAUAAACAGUGUUCAACUGAAGCUAACAACGAUACAAUGAUGCCAAAACAAUCCAAACACGCACAUUUUCGGUCGUCGGCAUCUCCAGAUUAUCAUGAUUUUACUUUGAAUAAGCCGUUAGCUGCAAGCACUGAUUGGGCUGAUUACCUUUGUGUCAAAAAAGACGAACUCUUUGGGUGCGCAGAAGAUGUGGAGAGAUUGACGACAUCCCAAAUUGUGUGCCAAGAGCAAGCUGAUUUUCAAUUGAAGAUGUUCGGACCAUUGCAGCGAAAGAACUAUGGAAUGGAAAUUAAGCAACGCUCGAUAAAUGCAGUUUCACAUAGCGUUGGAAAUUUGGCAACCGAACUCUCGUUAGAGAAAGUAGACAAAAGUCGUUCCUUAUCUCAUAUACGAUCUGAAGAAGAGAAUGAAGAUAGUAAUAAUGUGACACUUAUUUAUAGAAAGUACAAGUUGUCUUCAACUCCUGAAACUACCGUAUAG